UUGUUAACCGAACUGUUUACAUUUCCGUAGUGGCUGCCAAGUAGCUUGGCUAGCUGACCGUUUACCGGCGCCCAUCCACUGUAUUGUCCAGAUGUUGUGGAAUUGUGCAUUGAGUUCACGAUUAUUUUUCAAUAAGUCUAUCUCCAUUUCAUUUUGGGGCCACCUCAGUAAUAUUCCACGUUAUUACAAGACAAUGCAAAGAGCAGUGGUAAGAUGUGUACCAUCGGAGUCAAAGCUAACAAUUUCAUUCACGCUCGAUGGCAGCCAGAAGCACAUGUUGAGAGAUCAGAGUGAAGAACUGGGUAAAGUAUUAGCAAGAAUAUCAAACGGCAUCAUCAAGGCCCAGGCGAAGGCUAAGAAGUCUAAGAAGAACAAAUGUAAUGAGCCCAGUGAAGUUGUUGAGCCUGUUGUGAGACUGCAUUAUAACGGCGAUUAUGUGGCAAACGAUGUAGCAAACUUUGAUGCGUGGCAAGAUGGAGCUGUUUUACACGUUAGUGAAGUUAAAUAUAAAAUCGAACGGAACCCUCCAACAUUCACGAUAGCGGAGUUGCCUGUUGCACUUUUGGCAGGUUUUCCUAUUUGUCCAAAACUGGAAAUAGAAUUUGGGGAUUUAAACCACUGUAUCUUCACAUGGUAUAAAGAGCAAGCCCCCAACGAAGAUAGCUGGAUCGAGACUGGCACUGGGCGUGUGUUCACGCCCUCAAAUGUGGAUAUUGGUUUGAAAAUAAAGUUUAAGUGUAUCCCUGGAAAUGAGACAAAAUAUGGUGUUGCAAACGAGUUGGUGUCUAGUAGCACCAUUGAAGCGGGGCCUGGAGUCUGCACCUUUGACAGUCGCCACCAGUACACGAAAAAAGUCACGGAUAACUCAACCUUGAGAGUUUUAUCUUACAACAUUCUUGCCGAUAUUUACGCUCAGACGGAUCUUUCCAAAACAGUGUUGUAUCCUUACUGCGCCCCAUAUGCGUUGGGAAUAGAUUACAGACAAAACCUCAUCAAAAAAGAACUGCUAGGAUAUCAUGCUGAUAUUAUUUGCCUUCAGGAGGUGGACAAGGGAGUGUUCAGUGAUAGUUUGUCACCUGCACUGGAUGCCUUUGGUAUGGAAGGAAACUUUAGAAUCAAAGAGAAGCAGCACGAGGGACUGGCAACAUAUUUUCGGAAGGCUAAACUGCAGCUGUUGAGUCAGCACGACAUCCAACUAAACGAGGCCCUAAGAAAGGACUCGCUUCACUCCGAGUUGUUGGACAAUCUGUCCAAUAAUCCAAUCUUGAGAGAGAAGGUGAUGAAAAGAUCAACUACUAUGCAGGUGACUGUUCUUCAGCCUUUGAGCAAUGCCUCAAAGCCGAUAUGUGUUGCUAACACUCAUCUCUACUGGCACCCCAAAGGAGGAAAUGUUCGUCUGAUCCAGAUUGAUAUUGCCCUGCGGCACUUGAAGCAGGUGAUCUCUACGGAACACCCUGGUGCUUCUCUGCUCUUUGUUGGUGAUUUCAAUAGCACCCCUUCCUCAGGCCUAUUCCAGCUUUUAAGCCAGGGCUCCGUACCCAAAGCGCACCCAGACUGGGCCUCUGGCGGGCCCGAAGAGCACUGCCCCAAUGGACUCCACAACCCCUUUGAGCUCCAGAGUGCCUGUGGAGAGCCGGCUUACACCAAUUAUGUGGGUGGCUUCCAAGGCUGCUUGGACUAUAUCUUCCUGGAGCCACGGAUGCUAUGUGUGGAGCAGGUCAUUCCCAUGCCGAGCCACCAUGAGGUGACAACACACCAAGCCCUACCGAGUGUUUCUCACCCCUCGGACCAUAUUGCCCUGGUUUGUGACCUCAAGUGGAAAUGAGCACCCUUUCCGCAAAGACAAUGUAAACUGAUAGUCAUAUAAUAUAGUUCUGGGUGUAAAUACUGAUAGUCAUAUAAUAUAGUUCUGUGCUCCAUCCCUUUAUUUCCCAUUACAUUUAAAUUAGCAGCGGACUGUAUACAUUUUUUUCCCCUAAUCUGAGCAAAAGUGGCUGACGGGAGGUAUAGUUGAUCAUCAGUUCCACAUUCAAUCUUUAGACAUGUGUAAUAUUUACAGCUUUUAGAAAUCAUCUGAAUUUAUGGGUUGUGAAAAAUUAACCAUGGAUUUAAUGUAUUCACCCAGAGUCAUGGUGUUUCUUCUUAUACUGUAAUAUUACAUGGCUCAGUUAUUUUAUGCAAUUGAUUGACAUUGUAUCGCUUGUUAUCCCUAGAGAUGACUAAGAAUAUGAAAUUCCUCUGCAGUUUGAUAAAUUAAGAAUAUAUCAAAUAUAUAAAUGUCACAUCAAUCACUUCAACAUUCAUCAUUCUCACUUCAAUUUUUCAAAUAUUUUAUUAGUAAUUUAUUACAGAAAAUGACAUUGCUUCUUUGACUGGGGAAUGUUGCUGGAUCAAAACAU